AUGGUCCGUGAGUUGUCCAGACCUAUAGUGCAUACUCCAGUAGGCAGUUUCCGAGGCCUCCAGGCCCAGGACGGGAAUUACUCUAUGUUCUUGGGUAUCCCGUAUGCGAGAGUCGAUCCGGACAAUGUUUUUGGUCUUCCUGUUCCACACAAAUUUGAAGGAAUAUUUGACGCCGUCGAUGAUACCUCAAGGUGUCCACAAGUUGAAGAAUUUAACCACACAAUUACUGGAACAUUGGACUGCCUUCACGUUAACAUUUACGUACCAAACAGUGCCAGUAUUCACAAUCCCUUGCCUGUUAUGAUCUACAUAUUUGGGGGAAGAUACCAAUUUGGACUUGCAGGCAGAUACGUCUAUGGACCACGCUUCUUGGUCAGACAUGACGUUAUUUUCAUUACUUUCAACUAUCGCCUUGGCCCGUAUGGAUUUAUGUGUCUAGACAUUUCCAUAGUGCCAGGGAAUCAGGGUUUGAAAGAUCAAGUACUUGCACUACGCUGGAUUAAAGAAUAUAUACGACAUUUUGGUGGAGACGACUCCAAAAUAACUAUAGCGGGAAACAGUUCAGGUGGAGAGUCUGUGGAUUUGCAUCAGUACUUUUUACAGGAACCACUUUAUAAUAGAGUGAUUAUGCAAAGCGGCGUUUCGUUAACUCGUCCAUUUAGCGAAGCUCCUGAUCCUGAUCCACAUGCUCCUAUAAAAUUAGCGAGGCAAUUAAAUUAUAAAACUAAUGAUAAUAACGAAGCUUUAUCUUUUCUGAAUAAAGUAAGGCCACAUGAACUUAUUGCAGCAACAAGGGAUUCUGGUGUAUUAUUUGGUCCGUGUGUUGAAAAGCAAUUCGAGAAUGCGUUUAACUAUAUAACGAAAUAUCCAGCUGAUUUGAAAACAGUUACUCGUAUAGAUGCCGACGUCUUAAUUGGUAUUACUAACGACGAAGGCUUUGGGUUAGUAACCAUAAUAGAAAAAGAUAUAUUUGAAAGUACGGACUUCGUGUCUGCGAUAAUAGAAACUUUUUUUGAUUUCAAAAAUGAAAUUAAUCUUUUAGAUGAAAUACAAAAGAUUGUCCGGUUGUAUUAUUAUGGGGAUGAUGUUCAACAUUCAGAUAAUAGGAGAACAGAAAUUAAUGCAUAUGCCGAUUUUGUUUUUCACAGUCCGAUAUUCAGAACUGUUGGAAAAUAUUUGGAAAGUGGCGUGAACAACACGUACUUCUAUAUGUUUUCAUUUGCCGGUGAAAGGAAUUAUUUCAAGGAUGUAAAGAAAUUGCCAUAUACAGAAGGUGGCGCCGCUCACGCAGAUGAGCUGGGUUAUUUAUUUGACAUAUCUUACAUGAAAGAACGGGUGAGUGAUGAAGAUAUGCUUAUCGUAGACAGGAUGACUGAACUUUGGACUAAUUUUGUAAAAUAUGGAAAUCCAACACCGAAACCAUCUAAGUUGAUUCCUCUCCAAUGGCCACUCGUAUCCCAGGACAAACUGCCGUAUUUGGAGAUAAACACUGAACUACGCCUAGGCUCAAGACCGAUGCACGAGCGGAUGAGCUUUCUGGACCUUCUGUACAAGAAUAUUGGACAUUAUGUAAGGAAAGCAAGGAGUGAUUAA